AUCUUCUUCAGACUUCAGCUCAGCGCCCCCUUCAAUUCUUCUUCUUCUUCUUCAACCUCCAUUAAAGCUUCUCAAACUUUCUCCCUCUAAAAACCAUGACGCUUCCCAUUAAAGCUUCUCAAACUUUCUCCCUCUAAAAACCAUGACGCUUCCCAUUAAAGCUUCUCACUUCUCUCUCUUCCUCACCUUCCUCUCCCGCAACUUCUCGUCGUCCAAAGCCAGAACCCUCCCAAUAAUCAAAGGCAACAACUACAUUAGCUCCACUCAGUACAAAACCAGAGCUCUCAAACAAGCCCAGAAUGUCUUGACCGAAUAUCUCCACGCCACCAGAGGCUUGCCCUUCAUCUUCGCCGAGCAAAUCUCCGCCAAUUCUCUCUUCGCCAUCUCCGAACUCAUUCGCAAGAUUCACUUCUCCGCUUUCACCUUCUCCGACGCCUUCAAAAGAUUCCUCAGGUAUCACCCCAUUAACGAAUUCGAAUUUUUCCUCGAAAGCAUUGGCAUACAUCGUGAUGAUGUUCAUUUGUUUCUGCCGAAGAAGAAGUUUUUCUUCUCGGAGGAUUCGACUGUUCUAGAUGCUUCUUUGGCGCUUAUUCAAUUUGGGUUUCCGUGGAAUAAGUUGGGGCUUCUGUAUAGAGAGGAAGUUUCGAUUUUUAGCAUGUCUGGUAAUGUUUUAACUGAUAGGCUUAAUGGGUUUAAAGAGAGGUUUGGGUUUGAUAAUCUUUGUGUGGUUGGUGUAUGCUUGGCUUUCCCUUACUUGUUGAGUGUGGAAGGCAAAUCAGGUGGUUGUAUCGAGGCGGUUUUUGAGGAUUUGGAAACGGUUUUUCGAGGAUUUGAAAUGGGAAGUUGUGUUGAGGGAAAUGUGGAUGCUUGGUAUGAGCUUUGUUGUAAAGUUAGGGUGUUGUAUGAUUUAGGUUUUGAGAAGGGGAAGGUAGGGGAAUUACUGUGUGAUAGGAAACAAAUUUUUCUUGAAUGCCCAAAAGAGGUUUUAGUCCGAAAAGUGGACUACUUUGCAAAGUUCGGUGUUGGAAAGGAUGAUGUGCUGUUGUUUCUUCUUGAGAAUCGAGAAAUUUUGAAUCUUGAUUUCGAAACGCGGGUGAUAUCGGUGUUGGGAUUGCUCAAACAUUUUGGAAUUGGCACAAAAGAGUUGCAGAGUGUUAGUGAGAAGUAUCCUCAUGUGUUGGGGAGAAACAAAAUGGAAAAUUUUCCUUAUGUAAUGAAGGCUUUGGAUCUGCAUGAAUGGUGCUUCGACAAGAUUAGGAGUUCAAAUGGUCAGAUAUUGGCAAUGUAUUCCAUUGAUUGCCCUGAUGAAGAUAUGAAUAAGGAGUUUUCAGAUGGCCUGAAGAAAAUCGAAUCUUCAAAGUGUCCCACUCAUGCGAUGAAUAAACUGGAUUUCUUAAAACAAAUCGGGUUUGGAGAGAAUGCUUUGACUUUGAAGGUCCUAAAUAUCUUGGCUGGCUCUAGGAGUGAGCUACAAAGCAGAUUUGAUUUUCUUCUCAGCAAAGGUUUCGAGCACGCAAACCUCUGUUUGAUGAUAAGAACGAAGCCCAAGAUACUAAAUCAGGGCCACGAGAAAUUGGAACCAAAGUUGAACUUUUGGUGCCAGGAAAUUGGAUCCUCUAUACAGGAACUAGAGAGAGUGCCAGGAUUUUUGUGUUUUGACUUGGAGAAUCGGACUAAGCGCAGAUACAGAUUUUAUGUCUGGCUUAGAAAGACUGGCGUAUAUACGAAGAAAUGCGCCAUUUCAUCCAUGAUUUAUCCCGGUGAAAAGCAGUUCAUAAAGCGCCUUCUUGAGAUUCACCCAGCUGCUCCAAAAUGGUAUUUAGAAUGUUUCUAAGAUAACAAAAGACCCGUCAGUGGUUGCGAGGAGACAUCUCUGAUUUAAGCCUUGUACCGCUGUCUUCAUAACAUCAUGGAGAAGCUUGUCUGAGAAAGAAACAUUAGAACUGAAAGGUGAACCUUUUGUGCAAGAGUCAUCUUGGACUUGAGUACCUGAAUAGUCUCCUGGGAUUGUUAUGUUUUUGCUAGAAGAUAAUGGCUUAUGCUCUGAAGACUACUCUCUUACAAAUAUCAUUGCCACUGGCCACAACAGCAUUGUGGCGCGCCUUUUUGGAAUUCAUUGAACUGCUCCAAAGUGGUAUUCUGAGUGUUUCUCAUACGAAAGACUCAUUCAAUGAUUGGCAAGAGUCAUCUUGGACUUGAGUGUACAUACCAUGAAGACUCUUAUGCAACAUUUGUGGGUUUAUAUUUAAUCUCAUAAAGGUGAUAAUAGUUUUCUUCUCGAGGAUUCUUGUUCAAAUUUUUGGAAUUGGUUUGCUACCUAAGAAGGGUCACUACUUACAAUCUUAAUUCAGCAAGUUGAAGUGCCGAGGCUCCUUAUGCUUGAUAACCCUAUAAUUGUGUUGUAUUUUCUGGCAAUGAGCAUUUUCAUUAGUGUUUGAUGCUUACAAUCUUGGUUUUAUUUCUUUUUCUUAAACACAAAGGCAGGACAAGUAUCCUGAAAUUGAGGGACGGAUGCAUCACUGAGUUAUGCACUUGUAUUGCUUGUUUCAAGUGAAGAUGGAAUGUGGGAUUUGGGAAUCUAGUGCCAAAUGGGAUUUGAACAAUUACUGAAAUUGAAUGCAAACCUUGUGCUUGUAUAAGUUUAUUAUUGUCAGUUUUACAUGUACUAGAGACUAAAACUCUCUUUCUCAAAAUUCUGGAUCUUUUCGUCAAC